AUGGUGCUCCAUGGCGGAAUCUUUGAUUGUUUGCCUUUUGGGGAAGAAGCUGGAUAUAGAACCAUGAAGGUGAAACUUGCAAACACUUGGAGGCUCUCUGGUGACUUUGACCUCCUAGAUGUCGACAACGGGUUCUAUAUGGUGAAAUUUGACAUGAAGGAAGAUCGAGAGAAGGUCAUCAACGGUGGCCCGUGGAUGAUUUUUGACCACUAUUUGGCCGUUUCAACUUGGAGCAGGGAGUUCGUUUCACCUGUGGCCCGUGUUACCAACACGCUAGCUUGGGUGCGCAUCCCAGGCUUGAAUGUAGUUUUCUAUGAUGAAAGCUAUCUCCUCUCUGUGGCCCGUGUGAUUGGGAGACCUAUAAAGGUGGAUAUGAACACGUUGAAUGCGGAUAGAGGAAGGUUUGCCAGAAUUUGUGUGGAGAUUGAUCUAUCACUGCAGUGGUGGGUAAGAGAAUGUACGGCACCAACGCCGGUGGCGGAAAAGGCUCCAGACGCAGGGACAGGAGCAGGCGAGGCUACGGCGAAAGAAACCCCGGUGGCGGAGGUCGUGACGCCGGCGGAUGGUGAACCAGGUCAGGAACAAGUCAUGGAGGGCCCAACCCAAGACGUUGCCAUGGCCCAAGGAGAGAACAUUCCGUCAAUUAAGGAUAACAUUAAUGCAGCCGCUGCGAACAAGGAGAUCCCAAGUCUGAUUCUUGAUGCCGGGUUCGAAAUUCAUGGAGAAUGGUUGACUGUGGUUAAGAAAAAGAAAAAACUGUCUCCUAGAACUCUGGAACGUAAAGGGGGGGGCGAAUCAUGCAGAUUCCAAGGGAGUAAUGAUUGGCAAAUCAAAACCGCCUCAUGGAGCACGAAAUUCUAG